AUGACACGGAAACGCAGAAGAAUAGGAAAGACAGCUAAAACUAAUGACCGUUUACUUGAUAAGUCCUUGGUGCACUCUCAGACCACCUCGCCAAAGUCCCAUAGUAAAGCUUCGUCUAACAUUGUGCGUCACUCGCUCGACUUCCAGGACUCAGUUACAAUAAAAACUAAUCGUAAGAUACCAGGAGUUAAAAUACAGGAUCUAACGUCAUGGUCAAAAGCUGUGAACACAGUUCCAAAAGAAGCUAAACCGCUCCCUAGUUUAAUUAUUUGGAAUCUAGAGGAGUCGAAAGACAACGACCCUGCUAGAAGACGUGCACAUGACCUGCAGUUAGUGGAGUCUAUGGUAAGGAAUGUACUACCUGAAGAGGUUUCAGGGGUACAUAUUACAAAAGUAAUACGACUUGGUAAAUGGGUUGGAGGCGAGACCCAACCAAGAAGAAUCCUGAAGCUGGUUCUCGGGAGUUUUGAAGAAAGAGACAUAUCAUUGAAAAACGCACCAAGAACUCGUGACUCAAAUAUCCGUAUUCGACCAGAUUGGCCGCUUGAGGAUCGAAUCAAGUGGAAGAAUGCUCUUACGGAGUUGAAAACUCGCAAAUUAAAUGGCGAAAAUAACCUUACCAUUAAGGGUUUUCGGGUAGUCAGGUCUUGGAAGCCAAUACUUCCGAGGCCUGUAUGGAUAGAACGAUUGAUUGCAAAAACACCUUAA